AUGGAUCACAAUAAUAAUACUAUUUUACGAAACGAUGUCAAUAACAUCCAAAAUGUAUUUAUUGAUAACGAAAUUAAUAAUUAUUCUAACGCACCAACAAAUGUAAUCCAAAUGAGACAGCCCUCGUCGAAUGUCCCAUGUAAUAAUACCAACUUUCCUGCAACGCCAACAAUGUCUUAUAUAUCAAAUAAUCAUGAACAACAAGCCACGUUCUCUUUUAUAAACAAUCAAUAUACUACUUCGACUACUACAACUACGCAAUAUCAUUCUACAACCACAUCCUACGUGCCACAAUACAUUGGACAUAAUGUUAAUCAAAAUUCACCUCAAUUCAUUCAAAAUAUUUCCCCACCAUUUAAUUUUCCUCAAACAAAUCAUCCUCAAAUGUUUAGAUUUGAAAUACCAGGAUUCGAAAUAAUUAUUGUACCUACCUCUCCACCAUUCGUAAAUUUAAAUAAUCUAGAUAUGGAAAAUCACCUUCAACAGGAUCUCUCGAAUAAUGGUUACUGACAAUUCACAAAUUCAAUUUUAAAGAAAUUCUCGUGAUUUUAAUUACUUUAACAAAAUCUUUAUUUAUUAAUCAUAGUAUAUAAUUCCUGAUUUACGUAUUUUAACAUAUAUAUAUAUUAUAAGGAAAUAACUUAAC